AUGAACGCAAGAGGUAGACAAGACACGCCAUCAACUCUCAGUCAAUGGUCAUCCCUUAGUGAAGAGAUACCAAGCUAUUCAAAGUUAACAUUGGGACUUUCACCUUCGAUUUUUUCUUCUUUUUUAUUCCCACAGCAGGUUGGAUUUGGGGAUAUAUUCAGAGACUACGAUUCCUUGGAACGCGAAUCAACACCCUCAUGUCCCAGGAAGAAGACUCGCGUACCUCUGGAUUUAUAUACUCAUGCUGAUAAUUUCACUACACCACCAUUAAACCAAAGAGGAUGUCGAUUUCUAAAUUUAAAUCGUACCCCAGCGACAGCACCUCCUGUUAAACCAAUUGAGCCCCCGGUGAAACCGCUACAGCUGGGCAGAUACAAACAGAAGCCAAUUGAGCCCCCGGUGAAACCGCUAGAGCUGGACAGAUACAAACAGAAGCCACAGGUACAUGUAGAUUAUCAUAAUAUCAAACAUAAUCUCAAGUAUGAAAAUGAAGCUAUAGCGUCACGAGCCAGGCAAGAGGCUGCCCGAAAGAGUGACCCAGUUUACAGUUCUCCUACAACGCCUUCCUCUUCACCCAAGUCACUUUAUUCAGGCAGUGACCGUCCUGGUUUGGCUAGUGAGGAAGACUCCACUGAACCCUAUAUGGGAGAGUUUGGAGGUAUCAAACCCCCAUGCUUCAAGUUAGCUGCAGAGUUCAGCGAUGAACCAAAGUAUCCUUUGAGAUCGCGGAAGAUAACUGGGGAUGAGUUCUACCACUUCAUCAACGGGGAGGCGAUUUCUGCUGUCAUGUUCUACAUCAAAGGCCAUAAAUCUGAAGACAACAUGAAAGCGUGGGAAGCAAAUGCUGAAAAGGAAUCCCUCGAUGGUGAACGGGCCUUCGCCACUGUUGACUGCGCCGAAGUACCAUAUUUGUGUUUACGUGAGCACAUUCCUUCAGUUCCCUUCUUCAAGGUAUACAGCGAAGGGCACCAGAUCUAUUCCGGGCCACGUAUGAAAGUAGGAAUAAAUGAAGUGGUAACACAUUAG